AUGGAAGCGGAUUAUGAACAUGAACUGCGUAUGGCUGCUCUGAGCAGAAGAUUAAGACACCUCUGGCCAAAAAGAAAAACUGCAGUUGUAGAUGAUUAUAUCACAGAGGAAAAUUUGCGGAAUGGGGAAAAAAUUGCUUUCGGCAGAUUACAUGGAAGUCAGGAUGUGAAUUUCCAAGCUUUUCAGACAACUAUGAAGAAAGCUUGGAAAUGUGAGAAUGUGACCUGUACGCAGUUUCUUCCUGGCCUCUUCCAAUUCGAGUUUCCAACGAUAGAGGAAAAGUUGAGAAUCCUGGAGUCCGGGCCAUGGUCUUUCACCCGCCAUGUGCUUGUUCUUAGGCCUUGGGAACCUGGUGUUCUACCGCAAUGUAUUAAGUUUGAUUCCUACGCCUUCUGGAUGCAUAUUCAUGGGCUUCCCGUGGAGGGGAGAACGGAAGAAGUAAUUAGAAACAUUGCAGGGAAAUUAGGAGAAGUUCUCGAUGUGAAGGUUGAAGCAAGGGGUUUUUCUGCUCUGACUGUGGGAAAAGCAAAAGUUAUAUUAGACUUAUCUUGUCCCCUUGAGUCUGGAAUGAUCUACAGUUUCAAGGGUAAGGAACACUGGCUGGAUUUUCGUUAUGAAAGACUUCCUGUGUAUUGUUUUUCAUGUGGACGACUAGGUCAUUAUGCCCAAAAAUGCAAAGAGAUACCUUACGAUGAGGAGUUCCUCUCAAAUGAUGACAACUUACUCUAUGGCUCUUGGCUCAAGGCGGAGUUCAACACUUUUAGUCCUUUCUGGAAGUCUUUCUAUGAACCACCUUUGGAGGUGCAGACUGAUGUUGAGAGUGCUCCUGAAAAUCCCGAAAUCCUUGAACAACAUGAAACCCUCGAAAUUGUUGCCAAUGACCCUCUAGAAGAAAGAGGAAAAAGGAAAAUGACAGACAUAAUAGGAAUGCGCUGA